CCAGAUGUUCCAAGACAAGGCCUCCAGGCCUCGCGCGCCAGAAAAUAAAAACCGAAGUAUAAGAGAAGCAUUGAGAAAUUGAGCUUUUAAUGCGCGUAAUACUGACAACAGCUUUGCGUGGAAUAUCAAACAGGGCAGGAUCAAGUGGCACGCACAGAGAGUAUAUUACGCACGUGGGGCAGAAGCAACUUGCUUCUAGCUAGCAGAAACAUCGCCGGAGACCAAUUAGGCAGAUGCGGACGACGCGUGGGGACCAAUCGAUUUCUCCUGAACGGUUCUGAAUUGGUUCAAAUCGCCGUGUGUGUACAACUACGAGUGCAAUUGUGUGAAAUUCUGUACCAUCAAUAUGAGUGACUAUGAGCUUACAGAUUCGGACUAUGAUUAUGAUGAAAAUGAAAAGAUUCUACUUCAGAGAGCUAAACAACCUACCCAAGAUGAUGAAGAAGACAGUGAGGAGGAAGUAUUAGGUUUUCAGUCUUCUGAAGAGGAAGGUGGAAAAGAAGACUUUGACGAGGAUAUAGAAAAUUAUGAAGAUGACCUUCCCAACGUAAAAGCUUGGGGUCAAAGAAAAAAGAUUUAUUAUGAUACAGAUUAUAUUGAUCAAGAUUUUGGAGGAUUUCAGGGUCAGGAUGCUGAAGAUGCAGAGAAUGAAGAACAAGAAGCAAGAGCUAUCCAAGAGAGAUUGCUUCAGGAAUUGGAUGAAACAGAUUAUAUGCUUGAUACUUUUGCCCAGGCAGAUACUGUUGGUGAAGAGAAAGCAGAGGAGAAAAUUAAAACAGAUGUAUCAGGCCUCAGUAAACGAGAUAAACUUGCUCUCUUUGCCAAAGAGUCUCCUGAAUUUCCUGGUCUGAUAGAGGAUUUUAAAGAAAAGAUGGCAGAAAGUGAAAAAAAGUUACAGCCAAUUGUAGAACUAAUUAACAAUGGAAAAAUUCCAAAUUCACCAAUAUGCAAAUUCAUUAAGACCAAAUAUCAUUUAAUACUGAAUUAUUCAACAAAUAUAUUGUACUAUCUGCUGUUAAAAGCUCGCCACAUGCCUGUUCAGAAUCAUCCUGUUAUCCAGCGACUUUUUCAGUACCGACAACUUUUAAAACAGUUAGAAAGUAUUGACAAACGUGUUCAGUCUCAGAUAGAUGAAAUAUUGGAGAAGAUAAGCAAUGGAGAAGAAAUAAAGUUUUAUGAUCCAAACAGACGUGUCAGUCAAAAGAAACGAGUUGACUUUGGUGAUCAAGUUUGUAGUAAAGAAUAUGGUGAAGAUGACGCAGAUAAGAUAAAUAAUGGUUUGGAUGCAGAUGAAAAUGGAAACAUGGAUGUAGAAGAAGGUUCCCAAAAUGAGAAUGCUAGACGAGCAAUUACUUAUGAAAUUGCUAAAAACAGAGGACUCGCUCCAUAUCGCAAGAAGGAACUUCGUAAUCCACGUGUAAAACACAGAAUGAAGUAUCGAAAAGCCCAAAUCAGGCGGAAAGGCCAGAUCAGAGAACCAAGAAAAGAAUUACAGAAGUAUGGUGGAGAAAUUUCAGGAAUCAAAAUUGGAAUUAAUAAGAGUAUUAAACUCAAAUAAUAAUUUGUUGAUCUUGGAAUUUUUGAACGUCAUUUAUCAGUCAUCAAAUAACUCCUGCUCAACUUUUAAACAAUACUCUCUUGUAGCUGCAAUAAUUUCCUUUGUGUAAAUAUGCAAAUGUAUUUGAGGGAAGUUAUUAAAUAAAUUCUAUUUUUUUAUGAAAUAGUAUUUUAAAAUGCAAAAAUGAAGUUUUUCAUUGUAUUAAGAGGUUGAAUUUCAACCAUCUUAAUUUAAAAUAUUGUUUUUGUAUUCAUUUAUUGACAAAUAGACUUCAGAGGCAGAUGGUGCCCAGUAAUUCAAUAUUAAAUAUAACGGAAAUUUUGAAGAGCGAAAAUGUGAAUGUUCAUUCCUUGAAAUUAUAAUUAAAUGUUUAUUGUAGUAUUGUUCUGUUAUUAUACGUAGAAAUAAUUUAAUUAAAAUUUGAAGUUAGAUGUAUUACUUUCACGUUGCAAUAAAACAUUAUUUAUAAUAUAUCAGUUCAUGAAAGAUUUUAAAUGCCUUAAAUUAUUUAAAAUUUAUUUUAUGUACACAUGCAAUUGUUGUUUUUUUAAACAAGGGUAGGUUGUAAUCUUCCAAAUAUACUAGGUAGCCUGUACUGCCCAGAAUUUUUUUAAGAUAACUCCUCCAAGUACAUAGGUUCAGAGACAAGUAUUUACAUGACUUUGCCUUCAAGUGUCAUUUUGUCAGUCUCAAUUAGGAUCCAUCUUGUAGAGUUGAAAACAUGGGUACAGAAAAAACACGCGAUUGGUUUCCAUAGCUGGGUAGGUAUCUUCCUGUUUGAAUCUGUGAACAUAGGUUCUAAAACAUCUUGUUACCCAUCCGAAACUGUUUGAAAUAAUUAUUUAUCUUCCUGUGCUUCCAACUGGCCCAUGAUUCAACCAGAAGAAUUAGACAGUAGAUUCACUUUUCCUUGUAUGUCUUGUUGCUGCCGAUUUGCUAGUGCUUCCAAGCAGUUUUGUCACUUGGUGGGUGGGUGUUUUUUUUAUUUACUAUAAUACCUGUGACAUUUACAAGGCAUAUUAUCUAUUGGGGGCAUUCCUAUGAUACAACUUUCACUUUAUACAAUGCAGAUUGCAUAACCUACCCUUAGAGCAGAUAGUUGAUAUACUUACACCAUUCCUUGUACUUAGGGUGAGGAUUCCUAUGCACUAAAAUUUCUGAAAAUAUGCUUAAAAAAUGGGAGAAAUAUGCAUUUAAAAAGAAAAAUAUACACAAACAAAAAGGAAUAUUUUAUUAUAUUGAAUAUACAUGAAAUUGUUAAUUAUAAAUUUGUAAUUCAUAUUAUAAUCAAAUUAAUUGUAAACUAAUGUUUUUAUUCCUCUACAUUUGAUUUUGCGCUGCUGCUCGAACAUGAGAGUAAAAAUAUUUCUGGCACCGCUUAGUUAUUAGAAAUGCUUCUAAAUUAAAUUACAAUAACGCAUUUUUCAAGACAUCUCUACUUCUUAUUCUUCUUUUGAGUUAGGGCUCCAUCUCCUGGUGAAUGUAGGCGAUCCAGAUCUCCUUGUUUUGUUUCUGAAUCCAUGGCAUGCUAAUUGCGCGGAAUGUCACAGCUACACAGAAUGCAGCAGUGUAUUCAAAAUUGAAUGUUGCUUGCAGUUCUUUCUCAUAGAGGUGAACAUUUCUUAUAUUCUUAUAAUAAAAUGCUUCUUUUUAGCUUUACUCAUAAGUGUGUAGUAGGAGAUAAUAGGAAGUCUGGAGCUCAAAAAGGCAUGCAGCUGCAUACAUCAUUACUGAACCAUCAUAAACUAUUGAAAUUUUAUAAACGACUCAAUAAAUAUUAUGAUGAUGAUUAUUAUCAGUAUAUUUAUUAUUAUUAUUAUUAUUAUGCCUGAGAUAUUAAAAGCAAAUGAAAGCAAUUUCACUGCAUUCCGAAUAAGCAACCUAGAGG